AUGCCCGAGGGACCGUCUUUACGGGUGUUUCACGGGCGGAGCCGCCGGCUGCUGGGCUCUGUGGUGCAGCGGGCGGCGGGUAGCACUCGGCAGCUCGACGUCCGGCAGCUGGAGGGGCGGCCAUUGCAGCAAAGCCAGGUUCAUGGGAAAUGUCUCUUCCUGGGAUUUGGUCAUGGGCCCGGGUCUGCUUUCACUGAAGAUCCGGAGUCUGUGUCUCCCAGUGGGAGAAGUGUGCCUGUCUCUGCUGAUGGGAGUGGCAUUUCAGGCAAUCCCACCCCAAACCUUUGGCUUCGCUUCUGCUUCGGCUUGUUCGGCAGCGUCCGAUGUGACGAGUUUGCCCGAGCAAAGCAAGCAAACAAGAGAGGAGACUGGCAAGAUCCCUCCCCCAGGCUGGUUCUCUACUUCCCUGGAGAUCGUUUCCUGGUGUUCUACAACUGCCGGCUCUGUGUCUGUGGUGAUCCUCGACUGGACCCUCGCACUGACAUCCUGAGUCAGGAAUUUGACAAGGCCAAAGCUCUGUGUGCCCUCCAACGUGCUCAGCCUGUCUGUUACACCCUGCUGUGCCAGCAUCUCUUCUCUGGGCUGGGAAACAUCAUCAAGAAUGAGGUGCUGUACCUGUCUGGAAUCCAUCCCAUGUCGCUGGGUUCCCAACUCAGCGCUGAGAAACUCUGCAGUCUCCUGGAACACGUUCUUCUCUUCAGCAAGGGAUGGCUCGACAACAAGCAAAAGGGUACAGGUCUGAAGUAUCACAUCUAUCAGAAGGACCAAUGCCCCAGGGGUCAUGCAGUGAAGAGGGCAGAGCUUGGCCCUUCCCAUGGUCUCCAGAGAUCAACCUGGUGGUGCCCUGUGUGCCAGCCUGCAGAACACGAUGCUCCCUCUCGGCCCCUGGACUAGGUGCCUGGAGCAGGCUGGGGUGUCUCUGCCUGAUGUAGAGAAUCAGCUCACUGUUGCUGAAUAAACACAAUAGAUGUUCCGUGCUUUUGUUCCUUCCAUGUGGGCUGGUGCAGGAGGGAGAGUGGGAUCGGUC